ACAACCAACGCGCGAGCGACAAAUUACACGCGAGAGGGGUUCCCUGCUACCGCGCGCGAGCUCUCUCUUUCUCUCGGCAUUGUGGGAAAGGCUUUGGGUGGCGCGGGACUGCUGGUGCCAUCCUCUGCCUGAGCGAUGUUCCUUUCAACUCCUGGCUCGUCUCACUCCCCCGCUGGUGGUGGGUCGGGUCGCAGGAGCCUCCGACCGGGGAGCAGGAAGAGCCAAGCCUUGGCAGCAUCCUCAGUCAGUUCACCAGCGCUCUUUUCCCCGGCGACCAGGAGAAAUGUCGGCCCGCUUUCUGCGCGAGGUACACCCACAAGAGUUGCGCAUCAUCCAUCAGGAAGUGAAACCAUCAACUAUGAUGUGAGAAAUUUUGGUUCACCUUUGCCAGUAAAGGUAAUGGAGGCCUUGAGAAUGGCUCAUGCUGAAGAACAUUUGAGUGUGCAACUAGAUGAAAGUGGAUGGGCUUGGCUAGUCUGCAAUGACAGACUGAUUAUUUGGAAGAUUGGGCAAUCACCAGUUACUAAGCUGUCAGUGUGCAAGGAACUGCAGUUGCCACCAAGUGUCUAUCUGCCGAGUUCAAGCUUAGUAGCAAUAUCUUGUCUUAACAUCCCUGGUGAAGCACCUUCUCUUCAGUAUUUUUCAGUAAUGGUUGCAACCUGUGAAGGAUCAAUACGCUAUUGGCCCAGCCUUGCACAUGAAAGUUCCUAUACUGAGACAUUCACAGAGUUUGGUGGGGCUCUCUGCAGCUUUCUAACAACUGUAAAGGGAGCCAGCUUUAUUUUAUCAUCUUCAAGGAGCCAGUUUGUUCGACUGACACCAGACAGUGCAGGCAAGAUUCAUCAACAUUCUCUAUCACAAGGACAAGGCAUGUUUUCUGGAAUAGGCCGAAGGGUUUCCUCUUUGCUGGGGAUUUUGUCUCCCAGUAAUGAUGCAGCUCUUUUGAGUGUUCUGUGGGACAGCAGCAGUUCAUUAUUUUAUGCAAUGACCAGCUCGAAUCUUCUCAAAUGGGAAAUAGAUGAUACCACAGAACGUCAGGUUUUCAGCUGGGAUAUGAACAGAAUGCUUAAAGAGAACAUCAUGGAUGCAAUAUGGGGCUCUGAAAGCAACUAUGAAGAGAUCAAAGGAGACGUCAUUGUGCAGUAUUUGGAUUUGCAGCAAAAUCGUGAUGGACUGGUGAUUUUGGCUGCAGCCUGGCAUCCUGGUGACAGUCCAUGUCUCAUCUAUUAUACUUUAAUAACAGUAGAGGACAAUGGCUACCACAUGUCUGACAACAGUACUGUGGAGGUUACCCGGUAUAAUCCACCUUUUCAGCCUGAAGAACUGAUGUGUCAGUUAAUAAUCCCAAAGUUCUCUGGCCAUGCAGCUUGUCUCUACGCAAAAGAUGAGGUGUUUGCUUGCUCAACUGGAACAGGAAGAAUUUCUCUGCCACAGGAGAAAAUGAUAUUCAGUGUUCAAGGUGACAGAAUUUUAGGAGCAGGUUCCUCUGCUGGAAUUCCCAUUUUUUUCACCAGAAAAAAUGGACUUGUGGCUGUAUGUUCCAGGGAAAGCAUUUCUUCUCUUCCUGAAGACCUUGAGGAUUCUUUAGCUUCAUCUGUAGCUGAACAAGAUCAUGAUGAUUAUGAGAAUCCUGAAUUCGUUGCUCCUUCCAGAAUGGAUAUUAUAGCCCAAGAGGAUAAGACUAAAUUGCUGAAAACUGCCUUCUUACUGUAUUGCAGGAAUGAUAUGAAGAGUGCACUAGCCAUAGUUGGUGAGCUCUUUUCAUCACGUGCAGAUCAAGGUCCUGAUUCUGAAUUGGAUAAGAUUGUGACUCAAAUCAGUGUGAACUUGGUGGAUGAUUAUCCUACAUCUGACCCACGAUGGGCUGAAUCUGUGCCUGAAGAAGCAGCUAGUUUCACCAACUCAUCCCUCAUUCUACUUCGUCAGUUGGACAGUAAGACAAAGGCGCAUUCUCUGUUCAUUGAGUUUCUUCAUAAGGUGGGUUUAUUUGGACGCUUGAGCAGUUUUCCAGUAAGAGGUGCACCAAUGGCAACUCGGUUGUUACUGUGUGAACAUGCAGAAAAGUUAUUGGCAGCCUCUGCUCUCAAGAACAUUCACCACAAAUUGGCAGAUGUGGUGAAUGCUGCAAUACAGCUUGCUUUGGACCGAAGAGAAAGUGAUGUUCCAGCAAGUCUAACUCCUGCAGACAUUUUCUUCAGAGAGGUGUCACAGAUAGAUUCUAUAUUUGAAUGCUUACUGGAAGAGGAAGAACAGGUCUUGAAAGAUGCAUCGGCUGAACCUGCUAAAAGGGCUGAAAUAGUUAUCCAUGUAAACAAUAUCAUAAAGGAUAUGCUACAAGUUGCUAUUCAAGAGCGUCAAUCUAAAGCCUCUUUAUAUAAAAUAAGAGAGCCUGUAGAAAUUGAACCAGAGUAUAUUCCAUGGACAGCAUCUGUUGGUGUGCGAUCUGCAAUAAUACGUCAGCACGAAGUCAUUCUGAAGGAGAUCUAUCCUCAGGUGAACAGUAAGCUCCGCAGUACUGUGACAGAGCAGCUGGUGGCACUUCUAAAUUGCUUUCUGGAUGAUUAUGUCUCUCAACUGAAAUCUGUGGACCGGCCUGAGUAUCAAGAACGAUACAGUAGUCUGGAAAUGGAAUAUGUGCAGAAAAGAUCAGAACUCUUGUCUCCACUGCUUUCCCUUGGACAGUACCAAUUAGCUGCUGCUCUGGCGGAAAAAUAUUGUGACUUUGACAUUUUGGUACAGAUGUGUGAGCAGACUGAUAAUCAGACCAGACUACAACGUUAUAUGACCCAGUUUGCUGACCAGAAUUUUUCAGACUUCCUCUUCCGUUGGUAUUUGGAGAAGGGGAAGCGAGGAAAGCUGUUAUCACAGCCCAUUGCACAGCAUGGCCAGUUGGCCAGUUUCUUACAAGCUCAUGAGCAUCUCAGUUGGCUACAUGACAUCAACAGUAAUGAUCUGGAAAAGGCUCACCGAACACUGCAGAAUUUAGCAAAUACAGAAACUCGGUAUUUUGCAAAGAAGAAAACUCUUCUUGGCUUGAGUAAACUUGCUGUGUUGGCUUCUGAUAUAUCAGAUGUAAUAAUGAAUGAGAAAAUUGAAGAAAUGGCUGAACAAGAGCGCUUUCUGCUGCACCAGGAGACUCUGCCUGAACAGUUGUUGAAAGAGAGAGAAUUAAAUCUCAGUGAAAUGCCUGUAUUAAGUGCCCCACAGCUGAUUGAGUUAUACAUAUGCGAUGAGAACAGGAGGGCUAAUGAAUAUGACUUCAAGAAGGCACUUGAUCUACUGGAGUACAUGGAUGAGGAUGAACAAAUGGACAUAAAUGAUCUCAAACUUAAAAUACUUUGCAAAGCUCUUCAGAGAGACAAUUGGUCCAGUUCAGAAGGCAAAGAUGAUCCAAUUGAAGCAUCUAAAGACAGCAUAUUUGUGAAAAUACUACAAAAACUAUUAAAGGAAGGAGUUCCGCUUAAUGAAUAUCUGCCAGAGGUGAUGGACCUACUGCACGCAGAUGAACUUGGAAACUUAAAAUCCAAUCCUUACUUUGAAUUUGUACUGAAAGCAAAUUAUGAACUUUAUGUCUAUAGGCAGGCAUGAAAGAAUUUUGAAUUUUAGAAAGUCAACUCCUAAAGAAUCAGUUUAUACUUUUUUACAUUGUUUAACUUUUUGCAAUAAAGUGUGUUAAAACCA